AGUAUUAUAGCAAAACGUCAAAGCUUAUCAAGAUGUAGGUUAUAUUUCCUUUUCGGUGCGUUGUUAAGCUAUGCCAGUUCCAAUACACAAUGGACAAUGGACAUACUUAGAUUCAACAGUCGCGCUUCUCGCUUGAUUUAUCUACUCUCUCUUUUAACAAACAUUUAUCAUGACAUUGUAUCGGCGGUCGAAGGGUGCCCAUGCCCCCCUCUCAAAAACAAAACUAAGCCAUUCCAUCAAAUGCAGAGUUACCCUCGGGGUCACAAGUUCUUCUAUGCCUGCAUUGAUGGCUAUGUGAGGAAAGCUGGGACUUCUUCCAUGACUCGGUGCACAGAUGUAUCUGGAAGCAAGCUACAGUGGGAUAAUAUCAGCGGGACAACUUCAUUCAUAUGCAUACCUGAUCCAAAGAGAAAGAAGACACCUGAAGCUGAUCCAAAGAGAAAGAAGACACCUGAAGUUAACGACACACAGAAACCAGAUGAGAGGCACAGCAGCACCGUACCCGUUGGGAACGACACACAGAAACAAGAUGAGAGGCACAGCAGCACCGUACCCAUUGGUUUGGGCAGUGGUGUCGGCGUGCUCCUUCUCAUCGCUGUAACAGUGGGAGUUGCUCUGAUGCUGCAAAGGCAAUGCUUCAGUAGAUCGAGGUCUGCAGAUGUGCCAACAUCGAUAGUGGAACAUGUGCCUCUACAACCCAGAGAAAUACACCAGCCAAAGCAAGAACAACCCAGGUCUAGCACAACAUGACCACUGCAGACAACAAGAUCAAAAUAAAUGGACUGCGUUUAUCACAGAUGCUUCAAAGAUGAUCAGAAACAUGAUGGCAGUGGAUUCAUAGCACACUUCAAUCAGGAGGAUGUCAGUUCCUUCUGUACUGCACUUUUUAAUGUCUUUCUUCUUACCUAAAAUGCAUGUUAUAACUUAUAUAAUAACUAUAUUAUAAAAUAACUUUUGGGUGCUUUCUAAAAUGCUGUUUCCAUAUCAACAACCCAAGCAAGCUUUGAAUAUCUAGGGAAGUAAAUGUUUGGACCACAACCUGCUAUAAUCCAAAUGCUGCCAAUCCAAGAUGCCUAAACAAAGUAUAAAGUAGUCCCAGAGUACUAAUUCUGGGAGGAACAGGGCUGCAGCAGUGCACAGCAGCCUUAUACAACUCUGUUUCUAUGAUCACCAAAACAUUUUUUUAAAUAUUUAUUUUGGUUAAUACCAGUUUUUAAAAAAAGCCCCUUCUACAUUUCAGACAUGCAUUGAGUAAAAUGAACUGGGGGUUAGGUGUCUUGCUCAAGGACACUUCGACACACCCAGGGUGGGAUUGAACCGGCAACCCUCUGACUGCCAGACGACUGCUGUUACCACCUUGUAGUGUCACCACUUCCUGCAUCUCAUUGACAGUAGUGACAGUUGAAAAAUGAAUACCGGCACACAGAUAACAAAUGCACAUCUUUCAUUUGAUGGGAGGAGAGCAGAUCUCCUAUGUUCCUUGUGUCUCUCAUUCAAGCAGCUUACAUUGAUUAACUCCAUACAAGAGCAAUACCAAUAUGCCUUGGUAAAUGGUAAAUGGUUGGCAUUUAUAUUGCGCCUUUAUCCAAAGCGCUGUACAAUUGAUGCUUCUCAUUCACCCAUUCAUACACACACUCACACACUAACGGCGAUUGGCUGCUCGUUAGGAGCAAAUAGGGGUUAGGUGUCUUGCUCAGGGACACUUCGACACAGCCCAGGCAGGGGAUCAAACCGGCAACCCUCCGACUGCCAGACAACUGACAGACGACUGCUCUUACUGCCUGAGCCAUGUCGCCUUACAUUGGACUGCAUAACUGUACAUAGCUUGCAUAUCAAAUAGUCAAAUUGAAAUAAAUCAAAUAAUAAACCAAA